UCGUUUCGACGCCUGAAAUUUGAAAGAGAUUGUGCGAUAUUAAAACCAAUCAUCUCAUAUUUGUCAAUACUAGCAUUUUCAUGCCAAUUAUUUUUUAAACAACAUGUAUGUGUUUGGAAACCAAAAUGUAGGGUACUCUAAAAGCUGUCAAUUUGCAUGCUCCAUCAUUAACUCUCAAUAAUUCAUCAGUUUAGCAUUCCACCACCCAAAUUAAAAAUAUUACAAAAAAAGGUCAGUUUUCCAAAUUUAAUUGUUUUUUUCUAAACUAUACCAAAACUAAAAAAAGAAAACCAGCUUUUUUUUCUCCUCUUUUCAUGCCAGGUCUCCAACAUGCAAUUUUUUAAUCUGACUCAAAAGCGGCAAAAAAGAAGAUGAAAAAACACAUUUUCCCACUGAUAAUUUUACUCUUUUCAACAAAGUCCCCAUAUUUUCAAUUUUUCCAACUUUCAUCCUCCUCCUCCUUCCCUCCGUCCUUUUGAAAAACAAAACAAAGACCCCCCACUCUACAGCUAGCAACUCAGCUCCCUCACUCACUCUCACCUUAAGCUUUCCUCCGGUCGCCGUCCGGUCAAUCUCCUCACCCGAAAAGUUUCUUCUUCACAUGCACUAUGGAUUGCUACGAAGCUACGAAGACAGUGUUCUCAAGGAUCCAAGGAUUGGACCCAGAGAAUGCUUCUAAAAUCAUGGGCUACCUCCUGCUGCAGGAUCAAGGAGACCGAGAGAUGAUUCGGCUGGCCUUCGGACCUGAUUCUUCCCUCCACAAUCUCAUCCUCCAAGCUAAAACCCAAUUGGGUUUGCCGAUUUCCCCAUCGUCUUCGUCUUCCUCGUCCUCGAAUUCCACAAUUUCGUUCUCCUCUGUUUCGAAUUCCAACACUCCUUCGACGCCGUCCACUCCUUCCUCGCCUUCCCCUUUCCUCAGCUCGAGACCCAGCGCGCUGAGAAUCUCCAGCGCCGGUGGUUGUGGGGUGUUCGACAAUGGGUCGUCUCCUUCUGCUGCUUCUUCCAGCCCUUCGCUUUCCUACGCCAAUGUCGUCAAUGGAGGGAGUAACGGUAAUGGGAAUGGGUAUAAUUAUGUGGGGAAUGGUAACGGGAACGGGAGCGGUUGUGUUGGUGGUAAUGAUUUGGGUAUUGAUGAGUUUCAAGUUCACCGUGACCACUUCUCUUUCCUCGACGAGAGUAGUAAUGCAGACCAGGUGUUCGAUCCAAGGCCUGACUGGGGGAAUCUCUUGAGCCCAACAGCUGGCGGGUGUCAUGACGAUGGUAUUAGUUCACAUUUCCACCGGCGGAGCUUCUCGGUUCCCGGCGUGUGCUUUGGAUCCGGCGGUGGUGGUGGGUUCGGGUGGAAGCCCUGCUUGUACUUCGCCAAGGGGUUCUGCAAGAAUGGGGCGGCCUGCAAGUUCCUUCACGAAGGAGAGACUGCUGCUGUUUCUGAUGGUCUCAAUGGGUUUGAACAGUGCCAGGACUUCCUCAUGAGAUCGAAGUCGGCUGUUCAUCAGCAGAAGUUAGCUGCUGCUGCUGCUGCUGCCUCGCAGUUCAUGGCUAGUCCUGCAGCUUCUAAUCUUUCGUAUAAUAAGUGCAUGAAUUUGCUUCUGCAACAAAGUGAUGCCCAGAGAUCAGCUGCAGCGGCUGCAUUGUUGAUGGGGGAUGAGCUUCACAAGUUCACCCGGUGCCGACCGGAGAGGACAACCGAUUUCUCACCGUUGGGAUUGAGUGGAGGGAUACUGAACCCAAGUGCCAGGCAGAUCUACUUGACGUUUCCAGCCGACAGUACAUUUAGAGAAGAGGAUGUUUCCAAUUACUUCAGCAUUUAUGGGCCAGUGCAAGACGUGAGAAUCCCAUACCAGCAGAAGAGAAUGUUUGGGUUCGUCACGUUCUUGUAUCCAGAGACAGUGAAGCUCAUCCUGGCCAAAGGAAACCCUCACUUUGUCUGUGAUUCUCGUGUGCUUGUCAAACCAUACAAGGAGAAAGGCAAAAUCCCUGAAAAGAAGCAACAGCAGAUGGAGAGAGGAGAUUUUUCGCCCUCAGCUUGCUCAAGCCCACGUGGGCUUGAUUCCAGAGAGCCAUUUGACCUUAAUCUUGGGGCCAGAAUGCUGUACAGUACUCAAGAGAUGUUGCUGAGAAAGAAAUUAGGGGAACAAACUGAUCUACAGCAGGCCAUUGAACUUCAUGGCAGAAGGCUGGUGAGUCUACAGCUUUUGGACCUGAAAAACCACCACCGUCAGCAGCUCCUUAAUGGUCUCUCCAAUAGGUCUCCAGUUUCAUCCCCAACUGGCUUGGCUCGUAGUUUCAGCCAUCCAGUCCAAGUUAGUAGCAUUGACCAAGACGGCCUAUCUAUUCCUCCAGCUGAAGAGAAUGGAAGUUGCCUGCAUGAUGAUGGUGGAGCAGUAGCUUCUGUAAAUGCUGUUGUAGGAGGUGUUGGUCGAGAAUUGAAUCCUGCUUGCAGCCAAGGCGAUGGAAAUGGCAAUGAAGAGAAAUACUUCACUGAACAAAAUGGUCUCCAAGAAAGUUUGGAACAUAUCCACCACCUCCCAGAUAACCUCUUCAAUUCUCCCAAGAAAGCUGCCGGUGACCAUCUCAAGUCUGCCUUCUCUGCUUCUCUUGAAGUUCAUGAGAUUCCCACCACCACCACUACCUCUUCUGCUCUCAACAUGACCCCUUUGAAGUCCUGUUUUCCCCAAAUGCCCAGGCUUUCCUCUGGGUAUGGAACCAUUGGCAUAUAAAAGAGCCCCAGUUAAUAAAGCCUUGAUCUUGGAAUUGACUUCGGUAGAGUAAGUAAGGAAAAAAGAUUUACCACAUGGGUUUCUCUUAUUAAUCAUGCAUAGGAUUCUAUUUUGUGCACAUGCAAAGCAGAUAGACAACAUGUACUGUUCUCAUGAUGUUGGCCUGUUUUUGUUGAUUCCUUUUUUUUUUUCUUUUUUCUUUCUUGCUGCAGAAUUAUUGGAGAAACACUGAAAAAAGGUCCAGAUGAUGACUAGAUGGGAGAAUAUGUAUCUCAAACUCAUCAUCGCCAUAAUCAUCGGUUAGCUGUAUAUCCCAAAACCCAUAAUACCCUACAAGAAAGGAAAACAUAUCUGUAGACAAACAAGGCCUUGGGAGCAAGAUCACCAUCAUCAAUACAUACUACUUACAACAACAAAAUACAUAAUGCAUACAUUGAAAGUAAGAAAAAAGGACAGAGGAAACACUCUACUAUUUCUACUGAUCAUAUUUGCUCUUUUCUUUUUUUAACUUUUCUUUACUGUUGGGAAGAGGAUCAUUUCAUAUUCAUAUCAUCAUAUAUGUGUUUGAGAGAGAGGAUGGGGUCUUUCAUUUUUCAAAUUGCUGUCCUCUUUCUCACUGUGUAGGUAAUGAGCUGGACCACACAGCAAUCAUAUAUAUAUAGCUGGAAGUGUAGAAAAUAAACAAAAGACCUUGUUGUUGUUAAGUAGUAACAGUAAUAGAGUUGGUCUAAAAAAUGAAUAGAUCUCUCUUUCCCAUUUGUGUAAGUUUUUUGUUUUUACUAUUCAAUAUGAGAAAUUUGGAAAAAAGUUAUCUCUUUCCUUCCCUAGUUGAGUUCUUUGUGUUCAUAGAUUAGAUUGUGCAUUAGAUUAUGGGUUUGCAGGAGGCAGUUUUUCCCUUCUUUUACUGCUGCUGUAUGUUGGUAAAUUAAGCUGAAGGCCAAGUAAGAGGAUGUUGGGAUAAGGGUUGUUGAGAAAAAAGGCUGCUUUCAGUUAAGUUAGGUGAUUUACACACUUAUGCGUUAGUAGUAUGCAUCUGUCACCCAAUUUUUCAGAUCGUGGAGAUUGGAUUUGCAGUUUGCAGGCAACAGAGGGGAAAAGGUGAUUGAUUCUGAUGAAUAAUGACUUGAUGAGCAAGAAGAAGCUCUAAAAAUUCAGUUUUCUUUUUAAUUUGAAAAUGAAGAUAGAGAGGGGGAAAAAAGGCUACUUUUGAUUAGAGAGAGGAGGUGGUGGUGGUGGGGGACUCCUUUGUCUCAUAUUGUGGUUUCUUUUUAGGUUUGGAUGACAUGAAUGGCUGAGGCCUGAGGGGUCACAUUGUCACAUGACCUUCUGACAAAUUUAACUUUAAUCCUAUAAACUCAUUCACCAGUCACCACUCAAUUUUCCAACUACAUAAUUCCAACUUUUAACCCCCUGCUGGUUCACAUUUCAAUUGCAAGUUCAUCACUUGGUUGGUUUUGGACAAAAAGUUUGAUAGGGUAAAAAGAGGAAAAUGAUUUGAGUAACUUGGACAAUAGUCACAUGCAAAAUGUUCCAUAGGGUAAAAUUGGUUUCCUCAAACUUUUUUCUUUUUGCAUGGACAGAAUGACCAUCUCUUCCCUGAUGUCAAUGAAUGUAUGACUGUGAAUUAUUACCCUUUUUUAGAAGUUAUAUAGAUCACUACUGUUAGGGCUGGCUAUUUGGUCCCGGACUGUUUGGUUUUACUCGAAAACGGACCGUAUUACCCGGACCGGACUGGGACCAGAUAGCAAACAAUGCAAUCUCAUAUUCGAGCUUAGAUUUGAGGUAAAAAAAAACCGGAUAAGAGACCCCCAACACCUAAAAUCAAGAUAAAAUCGGGACCGGACCGGGUCAAGACCGGACUGUAUCCAAUCCAAUCUUUGGUCCUUAUAUUCCCGAAAAGACCGAACUGAGACCGAAUCAAUUUGGUCCAAUUUAACCGGACCGGACCUUAUAGCCACCCCUAACUACUGUAGUAUACGAGAUUUGUUUUAGACACAUGUCGUUUGAGGAAAGGAUUGUUACUGUCAUGCCCUCCAUUUUGAUCUCGGGGGAGCGACUUUUCGAAGUACUCUCUGUUUUGCGCAUUAUACGUCUUAUAUGCCUGUAUUGCGUUACUGAUACCGUAUAUCAAUUGAGAAAACGAAUUUGUUGUUUCGCUAUAGUGGUAAGUAAGUAAGUAAGUGUGUUUUUCUCAAAAGUUAUGAGGGAUUAACUUGUCAAUUGUAAGUUAGGUGCUUUUGUUUUGUUCCAAUUUACAGCAUCAACUAUUGGUUGUGCCCUUGUUUCUGCCAACAACUAGAAGGAGAGGGGAGCAUAAGGAUACAAAUUUAGGACCACCAAUGGUGGGGUUGCAAUAUGUCUAUAUUCUCCAAUUGAGAGGGUUGGCAUCAAGCUUCUGAGUGACCACCACUCUUCAUUCAUAGUUUGUAGGGGAAGAGAGGUUGAGAUGUCAAAAUCAUGCAAAAACCCUAACCUCUCAUGUUUAUAUCCUCAAAGAGAAAACAGCUUUGGAGGGACUUUAGAACUCCCUGUGAAAUGCUGAGAGAAUAUGUUAGGGGGGCUUUCCCCACCUUUAGUUAAUGUAUUAACAACAGUACUAAUGUACAUUGCAAUAAUUUCCAAAUUAGGCAACCUGAUUUGGCCUUUCUUAUGUUGGCAUGAGAUUACACCCCCAUUAGAUAUGAUUUGUUGCGUGGAUGGUAAACUAUGGUUAAUGUCAUAUCUCGUGUAUGUGCGCACACUUGGUAAAAAUUGCUAACUUUUGAGGAGGAAUGAACAACUUUUUGCCUAUCGUUCAAUUGGUUACUUGUACUUUUGUAGAAUUAAACGACGUUCUACUUGUCCUGAUAUCCCCGUCAACUUUCUCUUGCUUGGAGUCAUUGUAUAUAAAAUUAUAUAUAUGGUGACUUAUAAGAAUCACUCACAAAUAUGAGUUCCAGCCUUAAAGCAUUGAAUUUUGAAUUUCAAUUAGGUAUAUUAUUCAAACAUGAAGAUGUAAAAUAAGAUCACAACCAUUACUCUAAACCCUAAAGUUUCAAUUUUGAACCCUAAUCAUAAGUCAUAACAUCAUAUUAUAAAUCCUAUACCCUAAGUCCCUAACCCAUCCCCUAAAUCAAUAGACCUAAACAAGUGAGUAUACCAAAAAAAUUUAUGCACCAAUGUACAACAAUUAUGAUGGUAAACAUUAUUGGAACCCAAACAUUAAUGACUAUACAUAUUUCGAGGCUCCCAAAAACCUUCCUCCUGCAACAGUGAGAACAGUAGCAGUUUAUUGUUUUAUUGUUGGGAGCCCCAUCGCAGACAAAAUAAUUGUUAUUUAUUUGGUUAUAAAGAGGGAGCAUAGUUACAAAUAUGAAGUUAAGGGACAAAAUUUGUAGAACGUACAUUGUUUUGUAGUAUCAAGAUGGAUCACUCUCUUUCAUUGCGUUGCCUUGCCUUCUCAGUGUCUGGAUUUGUACAAUAAGACCAGACUGGUCAAUUCAUUUCUCUUCCCACCCACUUUCCUCUAUGUGGAUAACUAGAUAAUUACGCAUGUUUCUUUUAAAACGGGGUUACCAUCUCAUUAUAACGAACGAGUUAAAAGUGUGAUUCUACGGAUAAGCGUUUUUAGUAAUUUAGAAUCGUAAAUAGCUAAGUUUUUUAAAUUUUAAAAUACAAUUUUGAUUAAAUUAGUUAGGAAAAUGCAAGUCUAUGUAGAAGUGUUUCGAUGACUUAUACGCAUAAGCUUUUAAACUUUAUAGUGCAAUUUUGACUACAUUGAUUAUUGAUGUAAAAUGGCAAAAAGUUGACUCGGUGUGUGGUAUUUUGUGAAUGUUAUUUGUCUAGCAUGUUGUAUAAAUAAGGGGUUUGUAGAAGUUCGAAUAUGGAGUACGAUUUUCAAUGCAUUGUUGAUCUCGACAAUAAGAGGACAGGUUUGAUACGGCUGUAUGUCACUCUCUAGCCUCUUCACUGUUAUUAGGCGCAAAUUUGUGGAAGAAUGGCUGGUUACAGAGGUGUGCAACCAGUUUGAACCAAACCAAACUAAUUAGAACUGCAGUCAAAUAGUAAAAGACAUGAUACGGUCAAUAAUCGGACCGAAAUUGCAUUCGGACCGCUUUGGUCCGGUAUAAAUGUCAUCUCGAUCCAUUGUUCUUCAGUAUUUGAUAUUUAUAAAAUUCAUUGGACUAAAGAUCGAACCACAUUAUAUUUUGUUUGAUAUGGUCUCGUCCAAGCGUCGUUUUGCUCCGGUGCGGUAAGAUAACGAACCAACCCAUUCGACACCCCUAGCAGGUUAAUAUUGCAUAUACAUACCGAGAAGGAAUAGAAUGAUGAAUUGACU